AUGGCAGUAAAACCAGAUAUUCUCGUCUCAGUUGACUUGGGAACCACCUUCACAGGGGUUGCUUGGAUGACUCCACGGACACCUCCUCAGGUAAUCAGCAACUGGCCUGGCGACGGUGGACAAAAUGAGCGCAAAGUGCCAACAAUGCUCAUAUACAACCCUGACGGAAUCACAGUCUCGUCAUGGGGAUUUCUCUGCGCAGAGGAUGAUGGCGUGCCGGGCAAGGUCCGUCGCGAGUGCUUCAAGAUCUUCCUCGACGACGCGACGUUGACCGCUGUGCGGCAGCAGGGGUUAGUGAAUGCCCCAAGGAGCACAAUCGAAGCUCAACGCUUUGUUACCGACUAUCUUGGCAAGAUAUACAUGCAUGUGAAAGAGACAGUGGAAUCAGAAAUGGGACGGCGACCAUGGAAAGACGAGACAGUCACUUUUCUCUUCAGUGUGCCAACGACGUGGGAAAGCCUAGAUAUCAUCAACGUUUUCAAAGGCUGCAUACGGAACGCCGGGUUUGAAUCCGGUGGUUAUAAUCAUUCUGCACUAAUCGACCUGACGGAAGCCGAGGCUGCUGCGGUUGCAACGCUCAAGACCACCCCGAUUCACUUUAACAAUGGCAGCCUAUUUCUGACCGUGGACGCAGGUGGCGGCACAACAGAUCUAGCCCUGAUGAGAAUCACGUCAAUGGGUGACGAGUUCCCUCAAAUGUCGCAGGUUACUGCGGUCAAUGGUUUAGGAGUAGGAGGUUCUCUAAUCGACUUGUCAUUUAAGGCAUUGGUGCAGCAGCGACUAGCAGCAUAUCCCGAUACCCAGAUGCAGCUCCCAAGCGACCUUGCCGUUCGAAUGUCGAAAAGUCCCUAUUUUCUAAACCUCAAGCAUAAAUUUGGCCAGAGGGUAUGGAUGCAAUCCCCCGUAAUUAGGGUCCAGAUGGAGGGUGUAUCGCAUGACUUUAGCCAUGCCGGCAUGGGCGUAGAUAAGGGGUCCAUGAUAUUUGCAAGGCGAGCUGGAUUAAUAGAGGAGAUCCAGUUACUAUUCGAUAUCCAAGUCCAACGAAUUAUUACGCGCAUCGACGAGCAGCUAGACUGGGUGACGCAGAAUGCUCCAGAGGAACAAGUGAAGUACAUCAUCCUAUCCGGGGGAUUAGCUAGCUCUGUCUAUGUGAGGGAAGCAAUACAGCGGAGGUUCACAAGACUCCCGCAUCCCAACGCUACCGAAGUCGCCGUCGUGCCGUGUAGGGAGCCGCAGCUUGCUGUCGCUCGCGGACUUCUCCUUGACCAUCAGCAGAGGUGGGAGACUGGCACUAUACCAGUGCUAACGUUACGCAUCGCUCGAGCGAGCUACGGCGUCGUCGUGCAGCAGGUAUACUCGCCAGCUAGUCAUUUCGGUGAAGAUAUCAGAGAUGAUCCAUAUGAGCGGAACAAGAAGUGGGCAAUAAAUCAGAUCCAAUGGCUUAUCAAAAAGGGCGAUAUCGUCGAUCCAAACACGCAGCUGGUGAAGGAAUUUCAGAUUCGACUCCCCGAGGGAGAUACAACGAGGUCGUGGAAUGCCGAGAUUGUCACAUCUCAGAACGAGGUCUCGUUCCUCCCGCGUAGUUUAAAGCAAGCCGGGGCAGUAAAGGUAUGCGAAGUGAAGAGCAACCUCGACGGGGUACAGCAGACGCAGUUAGUGAGAAAGCAUAAAAGAGGUACGUGCUUAUCACGGGGCUAUACAUUUUAUCUCUGCCAGUUUGAAAUUCGGGUUAUUAUAGCGCCGGCAGACUUACGGUUUGAGCUAUGGUUUGGAGGGUGGCGGUUUGCUGGAAACCAUGAGCCGAUUAAGGUUACAUGGGGCCCUGGUUAG